GGAGGCCACUCUAAUAUCCCAUGCAGGUGCGAGAAUGGCAACUGAAAUACCUGUUAAACUUUCUGAUAUUUUAAGAGCUCAUCAGCGAAUAGCGAAAUGUAUACACAAGACGCCUGUUUUCACAAGUUCUACAGCUAACAGCAUUACCGGGAGAAAACUGUUCUUCAAAGCAGAAAACUUGCAGAAAACUGGAUCAUUCAAAGCCCGGGGGGCACUUAAUUCGAUACUGAGUUUAAAAGAAACCAAGCCAUCAUUCACUGGGGUGGUCACCCACAGCAGUGGGAAUCAUGGCCAGGCUGUGGCAUGGGCAGCAGGCGUGGCAGGGGUCCCGUGUGCGGUGGUUGUCCCCGAAUAUGCCCCAGAAGUCAAGAAGGCAGCAAUAAGGGGAUAUGGUGCAGAACUGGCCACAUGUGGCUCACAACCCUCCAACAGGGAGACAGUUUGCCAGAAAGUGAUGGCGGAAAAAGGCUAUGAGUUUGUGUCUCCGUACGACCACUACGAUGUCAUAGCUGGGCAGGGUACAAUAGCGGUGGAAUUGUUGGAGCAGGUGCCGGAGCUGGACGCCAUCUUGGUGCCAAUUAGUGGUGGUGGAAUGUCGUCCGGCAUCGCCAUAGCAGCCAAGGCCAUCAAGCCAGAGAUCAAAGUAUUUCUUGUGGAACCAGAAGGAAAAAUGAUGGAAAAAUGUCUUAAGACUGGGGAGCGUCUAUGGCCGAAUCCUCCUCAAUACCUGGACACCAUCGCUGACGGGAUUCGUCUUCAGCAGGCAGGAAACAAUACUUUCCCAAUUCUGUGUCAGCUGGCCGAGAAAGAGGUGUUUACCCAGACAAAUGAAGACAUGAAGGAGGGGAUGAAGUUUGUCUUCCAGAGAAUGAAGCUUGUAAUCGAAGCAGCCUCUGGCGCGGCUGUGGCAGCAGCGUUCUCACAGCGACUACGGGACAUGGACGACAACUUGAGACACAUCGGUGUCAUUCUGUGUGGAGGAAACACUGACAUUGAGAAGCUCCCCUGGUACUGAGGGACUGUGUCAAAACCUUCCUCUGCAUUUCUCUUAAUGUUAUGAUUGAUUGAAAGAAUUAUUGUACACUUACCAUAGUGAACAUGGAACACGCGAUACUCCCAAACGGCAUGAAUUGUCUACAUUUUUUAUAUUUGGAAAUUGCUCUGACAAAAUUAACUUUAGUAUGUGAUCUCAGAGAAUCUAUGCUCAAUAAUUAUAAUAUACAGUCAAGUCCUGUUAAUCUGACAUGGUUGGAUGCAUAUUAUUAUGUUGUAUUAACGAGUAUAUCAGAUAAACGAAAUUAAGUUGUAUCAAAGUUUGUGAUCGAAAAUGGGACAACUACAUGGUAACAGUACAAACAUCUUCUAAUAAAAAAAAAGUGAAAAAGGAAAUAUUUAUGAUGUUAUGUUACGUUGUUAGCGGAGUUUGUUUUCUAAUCAUGCAACCUCUAAGCAUGUGAUUUUUUCUAAUCUUGUUUUGUUUAUUUAAGG